AUGGCUAGAAUCAAGGUCUCACGGCCGACAGUUGAACAUGCUAGUCAUCAUAAUGUCGACUCGAAUCUACCUAUCCAUACUGGACAUCGUCAGCCCCGACUCUCUUGGCGGUUCGAAACGACAGAUCCCACACUAAGAGGUUGGCAUCAAACUAGCUAUAGAGUCAAGAUAUCUGCAUGGGGCCAACCUCAUCCAGACAUCUGCGUGGAAAGUUCUGAGUCUGUGCUGGUUCCUUGGCCUGGGAAGCCGUUGUCUCUGGAAAGCAGCUGCAGAGUCAAAGUUCGCGUCGAGGGUAAAGAUGAAAUUGGUGAAGUGGCGACUUCAUUGUGGUCAGAGGAAACCACCGUGGAGUUUGUGCCGUCUCAAGACCACUUUAGCGCGAACUUCAUCGGCUCUGAUCAACCUCAAUCUGACGGACCGCUUCGACCUAUCCUGUUUCGGAAACCCUUCACUGUGCCUGACUAUGAUGGUGUAGUGGACAAAGCCAAGUUGUAUAUCUCCGCAUACGGUGUAUAUCGAGUAUUUAUCAACGGCAAACGAGUUGGAAACGACGAAAUGGCACCAGGCUGGACUAGCUAUACACAUCGUCACCUCUACCAGACAUGUGAUGUUCGCAAUCUUCUGAGAUCAGGAGGCAACAUCAUCGGCAUUGAAGUAGCUGAAGGAUGGUAUGCCGGGCGGCUGGGUUGGGCUGGUCAACGACACUUUUAUGGCAAAGCCCUUGGAGCGUUCGCUCAGCUAGAAGUGGUUGCGACAGAACGACAAGAUGCUAUCACGAUCGUGACAGACGAGACAUGGAAGUGUGGACAUGGCCCUCUUAUCACCAGCAGCAUAUACGAUGGCGAACUCUACGAUGCUAGAGAAGAGCAAACAGGCUGGAACGAGGCCUCCAAUUUUCAGGACUCAGACUGGAUGCCGACCAAGAUAUUGCCAUUUACGGAAGCCAACUUCCUUUCGUCUGAUGUUCCUCCAGUCAGGGUGACUCAGUGUAUCAAGCCCGAGCGAAUAUUUGAUAGCAAGUCUGGCAAGACCAUCAUCGAUUUUGGACAAAACCUUGUUGGAAAGCUGUUUGUCAAGCACCUUCGGAAACCAGCAGACCACAAGAUAGUCUUCCGCCAUGCCGAGGUCAUUGAAGAUGAUGAACUUGGAGUACGCCCCCUGCGAAGUGCCGCAGCCACAGACACGAUCAUCUCCAGUGGCAAUGUCAUCGAGAAUUGGUCACCACGGCAUACUUUCCAUGGGUUUCGAUACGUGGAAGUCGAAGGCUGGACACCAUCAGAUGAGCAAUUUCCAUUAACGCUGAGUAGUAUCGAAGCACUUGUCAUGCAUACAGACAUGAAGCGUACUGGCUGGUUUUCAUGCUCAGAUCCGCUCAUCAACAAGUUACACGAAAACACUGUCUGGAGCAUGCGUGGAAAUUUCUUAUCGAUACCAACUGAUUGUCCUCAAAGAGACGAACGCCUGGGCUGGACUGGUGACGUCCAAGUGUUUGGCCCGUCAGCCAAUUUUCUGUUCGAUACUGGUGCUAUGCUCGGUCACUGGCUAGAAGAUGUUGCUGCUGAGCAAGCAGAGCAUAAUGGCAUACCACCAUUUGUUGUUCCAAACAUUCUUGCUUCUGAUACGGGAGACGAUUCAUGGGGCGAGUUUCCUCAAGCGGUGUGGGAUGAUGUGGUCGUUCUGCUGCCAUGGUCUCUGUACCGUGCAUUUGGCGAUUUGGAGAUUCUGAAGCGCCAGUAUCCUAGUAUGCAGAUGUGGCUCGACAAAGGCAUCAGGAGAGGCACUGAUGACCUCUGGGAUCCCUCCUUCCAUCAACUUGGAGAUUGGCUGGAUCCAAGCGCGCCGCCAGAUAGACCUGGAGAAGCAAAGACUGACGGCACUUUCGUCGCAGAUGCAUAUCUCGUGCAUGUGACUCGACUCAUGAGUAUCAUUAGCGACAUACUAGAACACAAGGGAGAAGCCGCCAGAUACACCCUUGAACACAAGAAGCUAAAGAAGGCUUUUGGCAGAAAAUAUAUCACCAUCGAGGGCCUCCCUGUUGCCGACACUCAGACCGGUCUAGCCUUGGCAGUCGUUNUUGAUCUGUUCAAAACUCCUGACCAAGCGAAGGUAGCCGCAGCCAGAUUGGAAAGAGCAGUUAGACUGGCAAACUUCAAGGUGGCCACUGGAUUUGCCGGAACUCCAAUUAUCACACAUGGAUUGUCUUCAGUCGGUCUACAAAAUCUGGCUUAUCGUAUGUUAUUCGAGAAAGAGUGUCCGUCCUGGCUCUAUCCGAUCACAGUAGGAGCUACCACUGUGUGGGAACGCUGGAACAGCAUGUUGCCAGACGGCAGCAUUAACCCCGGGGAGAUGACAAGCUUUAAUCAUUACGCUCUAGGCUCGAUUGUGAAUUGGUUGCAUGAGGUCGUAGGUGGCAUCAGUCCACUUGAACCAGGCUGGAAGCACUCGCUGAUCCGACCCGUUCCUGGUGGUUCGCUCACACAUGCGGAGGUCAAACAUGAGACACCUUAUGGUAUGUUCAGUUGCAAGUGGUCUCUUGAUGCUGGUCAAUUUAAGCUUUCCCUCACGGUUCCACCCAGCACGACCGCCAAAGUUGUUAUGCCUGACAAGCAAGCAAGUGUGAUUCUCGGCGAGCAAGAAGAAGGCCUCGAAGUUGGAUCUGGAUCUUAUGAGUUCUCGUGUGCUUAUGAACCUGAAAAGUGGAAGCCCACAGCUAUCCCUAUCCCGUUCUUCACACCGGUCAAACAGGAGCCAUGGUAA